AUGGCCGUCGCCACCGACGCCAGCUCUGCCCCCAUGGAGCUGCUGGUCUCGGUAGGCAAGAACCAGAGCACCAAGACCCUGCUGAGGGUCUUGAUUCUCUGCUUCAUUGCCGCCGCUGCCGUCGCCAGUCGCCUGUUCUCUGUCAUCCGUUUCGAGAGUAUCAUCCACGAAUUUGACCCGUGGUUCAACUUCCGCGCAACCAAGUACCUCGUCGCCCAUGGCUUCUACGAUUUCUGGAAUUGGUUUGACGACCGGACAUGGCAUCCUCUGGGAAGAGUUACGGGAGGCACCCUUUACCCGGGCCUGAUGGUCACCAGCGGUGCCAUCUACCACGCCCUGCGAGCCCUGACCGUCCCCGUCGAUAUCCGCAACAUCUGUGUGCUCCUGGCACCCGCCUUCUCCGGUCUGACUGCCUUCGCCGCCUACCUUCUCACCAAUGAGAUGACCACCUCGUCCUCGGCCGGCCUUCUUGCCGCCGCCUUCAUGGGCAUCACCCCCGGCUAUAUCUCGCGAUCCGUAGCUGGUUCCUACGAUAACGAGGCUAUCGCCAUCUUCCUGCUCGUCUACACCUUCUACCUCUGGAUCAAGGCCCUGAAGGUCGGCUCCGUCAUGUGGGGUGCCCUGUGCGCUCUCUUCUACGGCUACAUGGUGGCUUCCUGGGGUGGUUACGCCUUCAUCACAUGCCUGAUCCCUCUGCACGCCUUCGUGCUUGUCUGUAUGGGGAGGUUCAGCAACCGCCUCUACGUGGCAUACAACACUUGGUACGCUCUUGGAACAUUGGCCAGCAUGCAAAUUCCCUUCGUCGGUUUCGCGCCCGUCAGCACCAGUGAGCACAUGCCAGCUUUAGGUAUCUUCGGCUUCCUCCAGCUCGUGGCCUUCCUUGAAUACGUGCGUUCUGCCGUCCCGAGCCGGCAAUUCCAGACCUUCCUCUACGUAGGCUUGGGUGGUGUCUUCGGUGUUGCGCUGCUGGGUCUUGUCGGUCUCACCACCGGCGGUUACAUCGCGCCAUGGUCUGGUCGAUUCUACUCUUUGUGGGAUACGAGCUACGCCAAGAUCCAUAUCCCCAUCAUUGCGUCCGUGUCUGAACAUCAACCUACCGCUUGGCCCGCCUUCUUCUUCGACCUCAACAUGUUGAUCUGGCUAUUCCCAGCCGGUGUCUACAUGUGCUUCCAGAAACUGGAGGAUGAGCAUGUCUUCGUCAUCGUAUACGCUCUUUUUGGCAGUUACUUUGCCGGUGUCAUGGUCCGGCUGAUGCUGACUUUGACACCCGUGGUCUGUGUGGCUGCGGCUAUUGCUGCAUCCCAACUCCUGGACACGUACUUGGUAUACAAGUCGCCGGUAGCGCCAGAAGCUAAGGAGGAAGAAGUCACAGAUGGUACCGCCAAGAAGUCGAAGCAGAGUGCCUUGCGGUCGACAUCGCAGCCUGUGGUCGGAAUCUACACCCUGAUCUCCAAGGGCUUCAUCGCUGGAGCAAUGACACUGUUCCUGCUCAUUUUUGUGCAGCACUGUACGUGGGUCACCUCGAACGCCUACUCGUCUCCUUCCGUCGUGUUAGCUAGCAGAAUGCCGGAUGGUAGUCAGCACAUCAUCGACGAUUACCGUGAGGCUUACCAGUGGCUUCGACAAAACACCAAGGAGGAUGCCAAGAUCAUGUCAUGGUGGGAUUACGGCUACCAGAUUGGUGGCAUGGCCGACCGGCCUACCUUGGUAGAUAACAACACGUGGAACAACACGCACAUUGCCACGGUGGGCAAGGCGAUGAGUUCGCGUGAAGAAGUCAGCUACCCCAUCAUGCGCCAGCACGAGGUCGACUACGUGCUGGUCGUCUUUGGUGGUCUUCUCGGCUACUCGGGUGACGACAUCAACAAGUUCCUCUGGAUGGUCCGAAUCGCCGAGGGCAUCUGGCCCGAUGAGGUCAAGGAGCGCGACUACUUCACGCCCCGUGGUGAAUAUCGGGUAGACAGCGAGGCCUCGGAAACGAUGAAGAACAGCCUGAUGUACAAGAUGUCUUACUACAACUACUGCUCCCUCUUCCCUCCUGGACAGGCUCAGGAUCGCGUGCGUGGCGUCCGACUCCCUGACCAAGGCCCGGUCCUCAACACACUCGAGGAGGCCUACACCAGCGAGAACUGGAUCAUCAGAAUCUAUAAGGUCAAGGACCUCGACAACGUUGGUCGAGACCACGCUUUGGCGGCCUCGUUCGACCGGGGUAACAAGAAGAAGAAGGCCGGCAAGAAGCGUGGCCCAAGAGUUCUCCGCGCGGAGUAG